AAUUCUUUUUUGUUGUGUUUAAGAUUCCAAUUUUUCAAUGGAGAGGCUGGUUUAUAUGGAAGAUGGAAAAACUAUUUUUAAAUUGCGAUUAAGGCUUUGCUCAUCUUUUUACCCAAUUAAUGAGCGCAUAUGGGAUUUUUUUUCUUGAAUAUGAUAGACACACUCUUCGAACAAGUCCUCCAUGGGGUUCUGAACUUUUGGAGGCAAUUAAUAGCUUGAAGAAUGUCGAUUCAAUUGCUUUGCUUCAGUUUCUUCACCCAAUUCUGAACAUGCUUCUCCAUCUUAUAGGAAAUGGUGGAGAAACCCUUCAGGUUGCAGCAUUUAGAGCCAUGGUUAACAUCUUGACUCGGGUGCAGCAGGAGUCAGUUGAUGAUGCUGAACGUAAUCGCUUUCUUGUUAACUACGUAGAUUAUGCUUUUGAUGACUUUGGGGGUCGUCAACCACCUGUUUAUCCUGAGUUGUCUACUGUAUGGGGUAGCUUGGCCUGUAGUAAGUAAUGUUGUGACUUUGUUCUUUUAUUGUAAUUUUAGAAGUUGUAGGCAUGUUUCUUUCUUUCCUACUUUUCUUUUUUUUUUUCAUGACAUUUAUAAAUGUUUUGAUCAAUG